AGCCGUUUAAAGGCUCGUACGGUCGGAAAUCGUACAUGCGGCGAGGUUGAGAUUUGGGAUUGUUGUUAUAGGCGGGUUUAAAAAAUAAAAUAAAAAACCAUUUUGGGGUUGUUCCCCUCCCUUCCCCCUCCGUUCGAGUCCGUGCCGUUCUCCGUACCUCUCAUUUCUUAUUUUCUCCCCUUUCGUACCAACAUACACCACCAUCUUCGAGUCUCUCUCUCUCUCUCUCUCUCUCCUCUCUCUCUCUCUCUCUCUCAUCUCCUCUCUUGCCAAAUCUGUCUAGAUUGGAAUAAGAGGGAAAUCAAUCAAUUAAGCGGAGCAUGCAUGUUUGAGGGCUCAUUUCUCUACAUUAUUAUUCUUCCACCACCUCUCACUUUGUUCUUAAGAUGCAUCUGAAGUUGGAGAGCCAAGUGAUUUAGCAUGGUACACACGAGUAUAUUUGUACGGCAUGGAAAAGUAAAUCAGUUAUAGAUGCUGGCAUAUUGUGUGAUAAAGAUUUUGUUCAACUUGACAUGACACUGAUGUGCAUCAAAUUCCAGACGUCAAGAUAAUAGGGUUUACUAUUUGAUCUGCUCCACUUGUAUACAUGAAGUAAAAUGAGUAGGACGACUUUGUAUGGAUGCAUAUUGCAACAUGACUUAUCUUAAGCUAGGAAAAAAACACUAGUAUACAGGAUAGUCUUCAGCUGCUCAGUCUAGAAGUAUGGAAGAAUUACCUUCGGUAUCUGAGGAUUCUAACUGCAAACCUACCAGUUCAAAUGAACAGCCCGGCUCCCAAUCUAAAAUUGGCAAAAAGCCUAUUGUGCUUAAAAGCGGUGACAUCGAUGGACUACUGGAGUGUCUGGUGUGCAGUAACUCUAUGUUUCCACCUAUACAGCAGUGUCCGAGUGGGCAUACUCUCUGUAAUUCCUGCAGAAACAAAGUUAACAAUAAAUGCCCAAUAUGCAGAAAGGAAAUAGGCAACAUAAGAUGCUUGGCACUGGAGAAGUUUGCCGUUGUUCUUCAUUUGCCCUGUACUUACCAUCAUUAUGGCUGCAGUGAAAUGUUCCCUUACUACAACAAGCUGCAGCAUGAAGCACAGUGCAUCUUCAAGCCAUAUUUAUGUCCACAUCCAGGAUCAAACUGUCCCUUCAGUGGGGACAUCCCUGCUCUUCUCUCUCAUCUUCAGGAGACCCACAAGGUUGACCUUCAGGCAGGAUGUACCUUCAACCAUCGUUAUGUUAAACAGGACCCUUGUUCAGUUGAUAACCUGGCAUGGACUUUAACUCUAUUUAACUGCUUUGGCUAUUACUUCUGUCUACAUUUCGAGGCAUUCCUGCUUGGGCGUGAACCAAUGUAUAUGGCUUUUGUUCGCUUUAUUGGUGAGGAAUCAGAAGCGAGGAAGUUCAGUUAUUGCUUAGAGGUUGGUGGGAACGGGAGGAAGCUAACAUGGCAGGGUGUUCCCCGCAGCAUCCGUACCCACCACAGAGCAGUUCGGGAUAGCCACGAUGGGCUUGUACUGCAGAGGAGCCUGGCCCUCUACUUUUCCGGUGGUGACAGAAAGGAGCUGAAGCUCAGGGUCUCAGGCAGAAUCUGGAGAGAGAUCGGAGCGAUAAAAAGAAUCAAUUAGUAGCGUUUUGUUUCAUUAGGUGCUUGUAUUCUGUUUCUCCAUUUCUUUCAGACUGACUAUUUGACCUCUGUGGCAGUCAGUUGCUGCGUCAGAUAGAUAGGGCCAUGUAUAAAUUUGCUUUAUUUUACUGCCAAAUAGGGCACGAUGGAAUGCAAAAUAGCAUUUUAAGGAAUUGUUUUGUGAAACACUGAAAGUGCGAGCUUUGGCUUACCUGCUUCAUUUGAUCUCAA